AUGGCCUCUGGAUCAAACAGCACUACUGCUGCCUCGGAAAAGUCCUGCUCAUCUGGUGACCCGAGUAGAAAGUAUGGUACCCAAGACCCCAAGGUACGAGCAAAUAUUACUUGUAUUUUUUGCGGGAAAAUGUGUAAAGGGGGGGUUUAUCGUCUGAAACAACAUUUGGUGGGAGGUUUUACGUGUGUUGUUAAGUGUACAAAGUGCCCGGAGCAUGUACGAGAGGAGAUGAGAGAAUUCAUGCAGAAAAAAGAGAUGUCUAAGGUGGAAAGUGUUAUGAACUCAAAGACUUAUGCUGAUGUGUUUGAUCUUGAUGAGGAGGAAGAAGAUGAAGAAGUGACCGGUAGUGGUAAGGCAAGUCAAGCUAAAAAACCAAGAGUGAAAGGUGUUAUGAAUAUGUUUUAUGGUACGAUUCAAAGUGAGAAACAAAAAAACAUCAAUGCGGUUUGUCGCAAGGAGCUAAGGAAUAAGGCAUGCAAAGAGGUGGCAAGAUGGUUUUAUGAUGCGGGCUUGCCUUUCAAUGCAGCUAACUAUGAUAGCUUUCGCAAAGCUGUUGAGGCCAUAGGACAAUUUGGUCCUGGAAUGAAACCACCAACCAUGUAUGAGUUGAGGGUUCCUUUUCUUCAAGGCGAAGUAAAAGAAGUUGACCUUUUAAUUAACGAGCACAAGAAAGAAUGGAAAGUUAAGGGCUGUUCAAUUUUAUCGGAUGGAUGGCGUGAUUCGGUGGUUCAAAAAGAAAUCAUCAACUUUGUAGUAAACUCUCCAAAGGGUUCUGUAUUUAUUAAAUCCCUUGAUGUUUCUGAAGUAACCUUGAAUGCUGAUUUCUUGUUCAAGCUUCUUGACGCAAUGGUAGAGGAGAUCGGGGAGAAGAAUGUAGUCCAAGUUGUAACGGAUAAUGCAGCGGCUUAUGUUAAGGCUGUGUUUGUAAUAUAUACUUUAUAG